AUGUAUGAGCAGGUGAUUUUAGAAUCAGUGGAUCACCUCAUCCAGGCAGUAGACGAUGGACCUGAGGAGAAAAUGGAAGAAGAUCCUGAAGAGAACCCAGGAGAAGAUUCAGAGAAGGACCAGAUGGAAGUGCAGAAGGGAGAACUGACAGAGGAGAUGGAGGAGGACCCUGAAGAAGAAGAGUAUGGACCCAUAGAUUUUAGUGGCGGAGCAGACGAAGACCACCGGGGCAGCAGUCAUACGGGUCCCCAGAAAUCUCAAUACAACCUCCGAUAUAGAAACAAAAUGACCAACAACGACAAGGAUAUGAUGAUAGCCGUAGAUGAACCCAAAAGCUCGAAGAAGCUAUCAGACACUCAAAAUGACAAGCAAAUGGCCAAUAUGGCACAAAAAAUUGAAGUGUUAAAGAAAGAGUUGCGUCAAAUGCGAGACGGUCCAGAUGUUGGAUUACCCCAUGUCGCCCCAGCUAACCCAACAAAUCUACCACAUGCUCUAGCCCCGCCUACUUUUCAACCCACUGUCGGGACGGCGCCUGGUUAUCCAUUUCCUACUUACAACUUUACUGUUUUGGUCCAUCCAGAAAUGCAGCACAUACCUGAUACGUAUGUCACUUGUGAAGUACCUGUGCCACUAAUAUAUGCUACUGAAGUUCCUAUCUUCGCAACAUCCGCAGCUAUCAAGAUUUCAUAUGAGGUUGAGCGAUACGCAGGAUUAAGACGGGAUAUACAGUCAGGUGAAGAAGGGUCGAUGGUAGCCCAACUCAAAAGCUUAAAGAGGAUAUUCAAAAAUAUGCAAGUCACCAGAGGGACCGAACUCCUGGACUACGACGACUUAUGCAUUCAUCCAAACGUCGACAUGCCAGUGGGAUACAAAUCGCCAAAGUUUGAUAUAUUUGACGGAAAGGGUGACCCGCAUGCACAUCUGAGGGCUUACUGCAAUAAGUUUUUCAGUGUAAGAAGGAAUGAGAAGUUGAGGAUGAAGUUGUUCAUUCGAAGCUUGACAGGAGAAACUUUGACUUGGUACACCCGACAAGACCCCUGUAAGUGGCGUGACUGGAGGGAAAUAGCUGAGGACUUCAUAAGGCUCUUCAGAUUUAAUACUAAGAUUGCCCCUGACAGGUUCUCAUUGGCUAACAUACAAAAUAAUCCAUCAGAAUCAUUUCAAGAGUACGCAUGGCGUUGGACGACCGAGGCUGCUAGGAUCCAGCUUCCGUUGGAUGAAAAAUUGGUUAAAAUGGGAGAUUUCAUAGAAGAAGGCAUCAAAUCAGGAAAGAUCCAAUCUAUGGUUGCACUGCGAGCUGCAAAGGAAGAGUAUGGUUUGGAAAAACCUAUUGUGCCCACAUGGAACACAGAAGAAAUCGCCAUUGCAUCCCCAUCACAGCCAUUUAGUACAGCUCAGUUGAGGGAGCCUAUAACUGUUCAGACUUACCUGCCGAAAGUCAUAGCGACCACAUUAGCCACUGGAAGGUUCGACUAUGACACUAAAGCAGUCCCGUGGGACUAUUGA